AUCAAAAGCAUGCACAUUGCUGUCAUCAUAUGAUUCAAUCGUUGUGAUUUAAAAAACGUUCGAUUUUUUUUUCAAUCACAAAAAAAAUGUUUUCAUUAUUAUUACGUAAAUCUACAUCAUCAUUAUUCUUGCCAAAAUGUAUGAAUCAAGCAAUAACCACCACCACCACCGCAGCAACUCGAUCAAUGAGGAACAAUGUUGAUCCUGAUUCACAUCCACAGCAACAACCAGAAACAAUAUUUCAGAAUGUAAAUUCUGUUAUUGAAUCCGGAAAAUUUGGUCAAACAUUCGCUGUUGUACAUUUUUAUGGUCAACAAUAUUUAAUACAUUUAAAUGAUAUAUUUGCUGUGCAAACAGCCAUACCGGCCGACAUUGGUGAACGUAUCAAAUUGGAAAAAUGUCUUCUUGUUGGUAAUGAAAAUUUUACAUUAAUUGGACGGCCAAUUUUAAAUCGUGAUCUUGUACAAGUGGAAGCAACCAUUGUGGAGAAAACAAUGACACAAACAGAUAUGAAUAUGUUUCAUAUACCACGUAAACAUGGUUUUAAACGUUAUCGUUUCAAACGUGAACCAUUAACAAUGUUACGCAUUAAUAAUAUAACCAUUUGUCAUCCAUUGAAUACGAAUCAAAAACAAAUCAACUAACUAAUUAACUAAGUACUCACCAUUGUAGCAAAGUUUCAACAACAACAACAACAACAAAAAACGAAUGAAUAAAACAAAAUGUUUUUUUUUCAAUCAAAAAA